UGGCCUGGCCUUCCUCUUGCUGACAUGGCCGUUGCCCGCGGCAACCGGGCCGCAGCCGAGGGAGGCGAGGCAGCGCACCAGGCCGCAGCCUGAAGCAGGGGGGCUGGCGAGACCCUUUCCUGCCCCACUUGCUUCCCUUCCUCUUCCCCCUCCGAGCCAGGAUUUGUUCAGCAAAACAAAACAAAACAAAAAGGGAGAAAACAAGCCAGGAAAAGACCCUUGCGGGCCGUUCUGUCCCUUUUCCUCAUCUCAGGACAAGGAAAUAUGUUGAAUGAUCAAGAAUUCUUUCACCUGUGGACUGGAGUAAUUCAGUUGAGUUGAUGUGCCAAGGAAGGACUUAUGCCUUUGACGUUUGGAGUCAAAAAAGUUGCUUGAAGACUCUUGGCACAAGGACAUGCCUCAUCAUCCAAGUGUAGACAUAAGUAGUGGCGACUCCUGAGGAGGAAACAGCUACCGGGUUUGGCCACACUUCCGCUUGUCCCAUGCACGGGUCCGAGAGGUCUUCCAUUUCUCCUUUGCUUUCUAGAGACACAAAGCACACAUUUGAAAAAUGGCAGACGAAAGGAGCAGUCGUCUCUUCAAACGAAUAUCUCAUGCAGGCUCAUUUUUCACUAUCAAAUUCUUCGUUUUUUGCCAGGGGUUUCUGCAGUUCUCUCAGCUGAUGACGUCUAGCCUUGUGAAAAGCUCCAUUUCCACAAUCGAGAAGCGCUUUGGACUGUCCAGCCAGAUGGCCGGCACCGUGGUCUCCUUCAACGAGGUGGGGAACACGCUGCUGAUCAUCUUUGUGAGUUACAUGGGCUGCAGAGUCCACAGGCCCCGCUUCAUUGGCUAUGGGGCCGUCCUCGUCUCCAUUGCUGGUCUGGUCAUGUCGCUUCCUCACUUUAUCUCGGGACCCUACGAAUAUGAUCGCUCCGUUACUGGUUCUGAAAGUACCACUUCAGACAUAUGCCUCCCAAACCGGAAUGAGACAGAAGUAUGCACUAAAUCCGAAAAGAAAGAAACCCAAGUGGUUGUGAUGCUGCUCUUACUUGGGCAGACCCUGCUGGGGAUUGGCGGGGUCCCCAUCCAGCCCUUUGGCAUCUCAUACAUUGAUGAUUUUGCCAGUAAGAGCAACUCCCCUCUCUAUAUAGGAAUCCUCUUUGCUGCAACUACCGUGGGUCCUGCAUUAGCAUUUAUCGUGGGGGCAGCUACGUUGCGCUAUUUUGUUGACAUUGAUAAAAUUCCCGCAGCUGACAUUCACAUUAAUAGCAAAGAUCCACGAUGGGUUGGAGCCUGGUGGCUCGGUUUCAUAAUUUCCGCCAGCGUGGUCGCCAUUGCUUCAAUACCUUAUUUCUUCUUUCCCAAAGAGCUGCCUAGAGAGGAAGAGUCACCCCAGAACAGCCCUUCAGAAGCUCAAAACAACGACUUCCUACCCGAAAAAAGUAAAGAAAAAGAACUGAAAGACUACACUCUGAAACAGUUCAUCGGAAUGUUUCCUGUGGUUUUCAUGAGGCUGAUGAAGAACCCCAUCUUGGUUGUGGUCAUCUUGGCUAUGGUCAAUCUCUCUGGCAUGAUUGCUGGCAUAGCAACCUUCAUGGCCAAACUGUUGGAGAGGCAGUUCUCCCUGUCAGCAUCUGUUGCCAACAUGAUCCUAGGAGCUGUCAACAUCCCGAGUGGCAUGUUCGGAAUCGCCCUUGGAGGUGCCAUCAUAAGGAACUGCCGCCUCUCCCUCACCCAGAUCGCCCUGAUGAGCGUAAUCAGCAUGGGUCUCUGUACCAUCUGUGACGUGCCGCUCUUCUUCUUGGGCUGCCAGACGCAGACGGUGGCGGGACUUGACCUUUCUGGAAGUUCUGGAAUUGAGGAACUUGUUUUCGAUUGUAACCACAAGUGCAAAUGCUCCCCGUCAGCCUAUAACCCUGUGUGCGGUGCGAAUGGUAUUGAAUACAUCUCCCCUUGCUACGCUGGCUGCACGGGGCUAAAUAUCGAAUCCGAAACACAGAAAGUUCUGAACUACACCAGUUGCAACUGCAUUGUUGUCGACGGCGGCUAUGGAUAUGCUACACCUGGGAGCUGCAGCUUCCACUGUUCCAAAUUCCUGAUGCCUUUUGUGACCAUCGCCUCCUUGUCCACCUUCCUGGGGAGCCUCGCACACACGCCGGGCUUCGUGCUUGUUCUGAGAAACGUUGACCCUGAAGACAAGUCUUUUGCCAUAGGAAUACAGUUCCUCAUGCAGAGAGUUCUAGCCUGGUUGCCUGCCCCUGUGGUGUAUGGUAGCCUCAUUGACACAGCCUGCGUCCUGUGGCAAUACAAGUGCCAAAAGAGAACAGCCUGCAGAUACUAUAACAAUGUAUUAUUCCGGCACAGGUUUGUUGGCCUUCAGAUUUUUUUGGAAGCAAGCUGCUUUUCGUUGCUUUGCAUUCUAUACUUCAUGUUAAAAAAGAAGGAGAGUGGAGCCCGCAGAGAAUCUGGCACCAGCCCUCCGUCUGUGCUCCAGGAGUCAGCUGCUUGACCAAUGCACCAGAACCAAUUUCUAUUCCACCAAAAGAAGAGGCCGAGCUGCAGAGGUUAAGCUUGAGUCCCAGCUGCUAUGUGAACAGAACGAGACUGAAGACAGAGGAGACUUCCUCGUGCUAUGUUUUGGCACUUUUAUCCGUUCCUCCUUUUGUACAUACAACUUGGUGUUAGCUGCUCAAGUGCCAUUUGGCAAAGGGCAAGAUAUAAAUAUUAUACAUAAACAUAUAACCCACCUGUCAGUAAUAAUAGGAUCCCCAAGCUGAUCAUUAGACGCUGCAUACCACCUUGGGUGCAACGUCUUAUAUUUCCUUCCUGGAGAGAGGCCUGUGGUUGUGGUUUGCUGGUUCAAGAUGAAGAGCAGUGGGAAAUUGGGCAACGGCACCAACAAGAGGAGGCUGCCUUUGUCUGCUACAGAGAGAAGGAGAAUCCUCAUGGUUGAACCCUUCUUAUCCUCAUGGAGGAAGCAGCGACGCCCUACAAUUUCAUCACGAUAUCCCCUUUACAUAUAGUAACAGCACAGGGAAGUGGCACCUUAACGUGCCCAUUUUACGGACAGAGAACUGAGAUAACGACCUCGUCCAAGAGAGUCGGGUGGACUGGCUGUUCUAAAGCCCGAUGCUGUCACUACUGGAUUACAUGGACUCUCAAAGAAGAGAACCAGUAAGGGCUGGAAUAAUUCCUUCCAGGAGUAAUCGCUUUUGUAUAAAAGAAAGCUUACACUGACAAUAAUAUAUCCUGUGGCAUUGUGCGUUUAUUAAAAGUUUGUGUCAGUUA